UGUUUUGAAACAACUGGAAAUAGGCCGACCGACCUCAAAACAUAGCCGGCUGCUGAUCACAGUAAUACAGCGCAGUUAAGAGUGUAAGUUAAAUUAUAUAUGUUGCAUGGUACAUAGCCUCCAAACCAAUGACUGUUUCAGUUUUUUCACAGUAAAAUCAAUUAGGCUGUUACCUAGUAGAGGUUAGAGACCUGUAUACAGAAGGAGAAUUUGUGUGUGAAAAAUUCCUAAACAACUGUAUACUAAAUAGCCAGUAUCGCAUUACGUUUUAGGGUGCUUUGCUAACAAUUGUUUUUAAUGCCAAUUACACGUUUUACAUGAAUCCUAAUGUUAGAACUAGAGUUCUCAACUUCAUAUCAGUAGGUAGUUGACUUCUUACCUGCAGGCAGAAAGGUGCGUGUUAUCAGUUCUGCAUUUCAUAGAGAUGCAAAGUUGUCAUGGAGUGUAAAACCUCUAUAUACAAGCAGUUGAUCUCCUGGCAAAAAAUUCUUGCAAGAUAUAAAAUCAGAUGAUGUAUUAUUUCUACAUCUGACGCUCUUUCUCCCCAUGCUUUGCUAAGGUAUGUGACACUUCCUGUUGGAAGGCAUGCAAUUAGAAAUUUCACUGUUGUGGACUUUUUAUAGCUUGAGUAGCAUUAUGUUAUUGCUUUGUGUUGCUUGGGUAUUCAAUUUUGAUUUCAAAGCAGUCAUUGAUGCAUGUUAGCCUUGGGUAUCUUGAUUUGAAUAUUGCUGGUAGUGUUCUAAAUAUGAAUUCCCUGUCUGGCCCAUGAAUCAAAAACCAACCUUGGCAUAGAGUCAAUCAAUGCAUCUUGCAAAUACUGUCAGGUAUGUUGACCUUGUUAUUCCAAAUAAAUGAGCGAUCAGAUCAACUGAUAAAUUUUGGCGCAACUUUUACAGGGUUUGGAAGAUCUGAUGUUCUGAUGUUAGUUUAUCAAGGCUUUUAGUUCUUUUGUUUGUUAUUAAAACUUUAGAUAAUUCAAGAGUACCCUUAAUGUUGACCAACUCAGUCAACUCAGCUUGCACCUGGAAUCAUCUCCUUCAACAGAUGAGAUACUGAGAUUCUUCUCUAGUUUUGAUUUCAGGUUUUCUUUGUUGUCAUUUGGCACGGCUAUUUCAGAAAGGAUACCUCCUGUGGCAUUUUCUUUGACUUGGAUUUUUUGUCCCUGAAAUUGCAUAUUUUCUAUUUUCCCAUCCUUGCACCCUCUGAAAUCUGUCAAGCUUUGUUUUGGAAGCUAAUCUUGUGUCUUUGUCAGGGAAUACGGAGGGUGCAUAGUCUGGAUGAUCAAGAUCAUUUGACUUCCUCCCUGCAAAGUACAUGUGAAAAUGUAGGUUUCAAAACUAUUUUAGGCAAUUGGUCAUAAUAACUAAAUCAAAUGGUAAAUAGAAAGUAGAAAAAUCAAAACAAUGAGUAAUAAUCUAAUCUUACCUUGUUUGAAAUGUUGCGAGCAAAUCUAAUGGUAAUCUGAUUUAGGAAACCACAACUUUCCAUCAUUGUCCCCUUGCUGAUUGCUUGAAGCCAUAACAUUCUUCUCUAUGGCUCAGUAGCUUUGCUUGGAAUUAGAAAAAAGCUUAAUGCUGGAUUUUUCUUGUUAAUACUGUGACGAAAUGUUAAGCAACAGCUUUUAGGCAUUUUCCUGUAAGCACACCUUCCUCUUUUCCUUUCUUUGUUUUCCCUUUGCACGGAAGCAAGGCAGCAUUGCCAAGGGGUCGAAGAAAACCCAAAAGAAGCUAUACAUGAACCAUAUGAAAUCAAUCAUUCUCAUUUUUGCCUCAAAUUCACAAUUCUCAGUCGAUAUAAGCUGCGUACCCCCCGUUUCCUUAACAGACCUAUUGGGGCAAAACUAUCUGUUGAUGACCCUGAUGAAACUAAAUGAAGAUAAUUUAUUCUCACCUGAAAAGAGUUCUUAUUUUGAUUGAACAUUAGAAUAUGAUUUUAAAGAUAAUCUAACUAGGGUUAUUAAUAGUUGCAAAAUCAUAUUAUUAACUGUUACAAUCUAGAUGCGAGGAAGAUAAAAAAUGGCCAUUGAAUGACACAAAACAGGAGAGUUCAAAAUGACAGCAAUGGUAAGGCUGAUAGAUAGAGAAGAAACAGCAUCAGCUAUUAGAAGGAUACAGGAUUUAGUUAUAACAUCUAUGGGGCCUAAUGGAAGGUUUAAGGUUCUACAAACAAAAGCUGGAGGAUAUGCAAUGACAACAACAACUUCCUCAAAAUUAUUUGAUUUCUACAGCUCUUCAAAUGCUGCCACACAGAUUCUUUUAUCUGGUAUUAAGUCUCAUUUGCAUGUCUUCCAAAAUGGUGGUUUGUUUUUAGCAUCAUUAUGUACAAGUCUUUUUCUAGGACAUUUUGGAAGCCAGCUUCCUCAAAAUUUGUGUGUUUUGGCAAACAACUUUGUAUUGGAUAAGAUAAAAGAUUGGAUUGUAAAACAGGAAGUUGUUCACAAGUUGGAUCUUGGGAAGCUGAAUGAUAUGAUGAUGGUUGUUAGGUCUAUUCUGAUGUCAAAAUCAGUGUGUCAGCUAUCAGAAAAGGAGGCUAAUCACAUAUCUUUAAAUAUUUUGACGGCUUUUUUCAAGUCCACCAAUGCAAAUGGCAGAAAAUUUAAUGAUGGUGGGAUAAGUCUUAUUCUGAAUGAAGGACCUUCAGUAAUGGAUUCAGUAGUUAUUCCUGGUAUAGUUAUUAGAUUGCCACCUAUGGAUGCAGUUGGUGAGAGAUUGCUUUCAUCCUUAGAUGGCUUAGUAAAGACAGUUGUUUUUGGAACAUCAUUGGCUGGAGAUCAAUCAAUUAUUGACGAGACGAUUCUGAUGACAAAGGAAAAUGAAUCCUUCGUUGAUGACGUCACCUAUGAUCAAUUGCUUAGUCUUGGUGGUUCGAUUGUAGCAAAUGGUGUGCGUCUUCUUUUUUGCCAGAAAGUUGUUCACCCAUCUUUGAGGAGAUAUCUCGAAAAUAGGGGUGUUUUAGUCAUUGAAAGACUGGGUUAUCAAGCUACUAAGACCCUUUGUAAUUUUGCUCAGAUGAACCCUGUGGAAGGCCAAUUCGAUCAAAUAUCAGAGUCAAAUAUUGUUAACAUGCAGGAAAUCGACGUUAAACAGUACUUCGGUAAAAGGUACAUCAUAGUUCGCCCGGGUGGUGAAAACGUGGUUCAUACCAUGAUGCUGUGUGGCAGAGAUGAAAACAGUCUUGAAGAAUUAAAGACUACGAUUCAUUCAGUAGAAAAAUCAUUAUUCCACCUUAUUGAUGAUCCAAGAGUGUUGUGUGGAGGAGGGUGCUUUGAAGCGCAAGUAGCUUCCUUUGUAUGUGAUUUGGUUGGAAAGGGGUUUACACGUGAGGAGAAAAUGAAGUACAAACUUCUAGAGAAGUUGGAUCAAGAAAACUGGAAACAAGCCCUUUAUAGCAUCGCAAAGUCCUUUGAACGUGUUGCCAACUCCAUUCACAAAAUAAACGGAGACUGUUAUACCGAUUCUAUUUUCGGCCAUCUUUGGUGCUUUCCAGCAAGUACAGAACCAAGUUCUGUAGUUGACGAGGAUUACUGCUGUUGUUGUGGCUCUGUCAACUAUUGUUCAGAACUGAAAUUCGAAAGCUUGAAUUUUGACAGGAGGUUUCCAAGCGCAGGUAACGAACAUGGGAAAGAUGUAAAGACUGAUCAUCUUGCUACCUGUUUUCCCCAAAUCGUCGACUCGUUGUUUCUGCGAAAAGAAUGCAUCGCUUCAGCUUUCGAACUUUGCAAUAUUAUCCUUCGAGUUGGUAUUACUUUGGAACAGCAAUAAAAUUGUUGCAAAACCUGUCUGGAUGACAAAUGACAAAAUUAAUGAGUCAUUGGUGCUUAAUUGGCCCCUGGAAACGACACUUUUCACCAGGUCUCCACCAGGUCCCUUGACUAAAGGAGAAUCGUAUAUUGAAAAAUGAUCAUUUCAUGACUGGAGUUUGCUUCGCAUUCAAUUGAAAUGUAGACUGAUAAGCAGCUCGAUUUGUAACAUCAGAGGCGGAAGUUCAUUUGUCAGGUUGGAAGGGGGUGUAGUGCUAUCAAAACAAGCAAUUUGCCGACAAAUGAAAAAAUUUACCGACAAAAGCGCUGAUUUGCUGAUUUACCAAAAGUUGGGGGUUCUUGCCCCGCACUUUCCGCCACUAUGCAACAUUGUGAUAUUUAUUCCUGGCUUAGUCCUUUGCACGCAGUUAUCUGCUCGUACGUUCUGUUUACUUUAAGGCCUUAUUCAACGAAGUAUAACACGCGAAAUUUAACGGUCCAAUAAUUCGUUUGUAGAGUAGAUGUUCGCAAUUGGCCAGACAUUGCGUGCUCAACGUAAAUUCGAAGUUAUGUCUUCUGUUGAAUUGAAGUUUGAAGACCAAAUGAAGUAAUGAACAUUUUGAAUCAUCGUUUUAAUUAACAUUUUACGAUUGUUCUCAUCUCAUAGCAGUUACUCAAUGGAAUUCUUGACAAAAUCGACCUAUAACAGUCUUGUCAGUUUUUACCUAUAACAGUCAAAUCUGUUAUCUUCCAAGAUGUCGUAACGAAUUAAACUGGUUCUGCUUCUGGACACAUAAAGCAGUUGCAGGGAAUGUGUAGCGCCUUAACUUCUUCAGUUUUUUCGAAUCCGGAUUUCUUCUAUUUAUCAUUUCAUGAUUUCACCACUUUAAAUACUUUUUCAAAAUUCAAUUGCGUGGUAGGCAAUUUUAACGUACAGAACAACAGACAUGGUAUUUUGUUCAUAUAUUGACAAUCGAGUAGACCGUUUAUAUGGAAUGAACAUUACACUUAAUAUUGGAAGAGUGGGUGUGGGUAUGCAACACACCCUGUAAAUAAUAAGUAAGGGACUUUUUAGUAAAUCACGAGCAGGGCAGGGGUACAAUGAGAAUGAUUAGUGAGAACAAAUUUAUAGUUUAGAAAGUAAGAUUAACAAUGGCAGCUUACAGCAUCCAUAUACUUGCGAAAGAGGCUGUGAAUAAUUUGCCUAAUUAAAAUGUUUAGCAAAUGAAUUAUGCAAUCAAUUGACAGAGAAAGAAUUAUGACUACCUACCUUUAACUGUUGUUUAUCUUUAUCCAUUUAAAUGAAUACAUAUCAACUCUUAGGCCACUGUGUUUUAUGAAGCCAGACUAUAAAGAGAAUAACAAGGUAUGAUACCCAUUGCGUUAGAGUAAAUCAAUUGAUCAACAGUUGCCUGGUGGUUGACGUGUUUGACCAGUGACAGCUUAAAACAGUCAUUUCUACACACUACAGCGUGUACAACACACACACUACAGCGUGUACAACACACACACUACAGUUGUCUAGAUGAUAUCAGAGAAACUCUACAACUCUGAUCGGCUGAUAACGUAUAUGCAUUGCUGCAUCAUGAAACAGCGUGUUCAAGCAUAUGUCAUGAAAUAGCUUAACAAACAAAAUAAAACCCAUCUGAAAACUUGACAAACUUCAAACUUUUGAUGAAGGUUUGAUGAAGGCCCAAAAUGUAAAUGCAACACCUGCAGUUGUUUUAAUUUUAUUCAUUGAUAUUUUUCGUUUACAUUUGAAUUCAUUCGAUUUAUUCUAGCUAACUUUGUAUAUGUUCUUAGCUAUGUCAAUAUUGAAUCAAAAUAAAUAAACAACAAUGAUAUCAAGUCAAAACUUGAGAUAUUGUGAAGCUCAGCAAAGAUAAGAGAAACAGUAGUCAGAAAUAGAAAUUUUGCUACAAUCAUUGCCAAACGAGUUGAAAUACUAACGUAAGCUUUCAAGGCCAAUUUCAGCGACCCGCUGCUUUUGCAUCAACUAUUGGCCAAUCAGAAUGCGUUUAAGUUGUUUCCUGCUUAUUUAUUGGUCUUUUGUUGAUUGACAGAAAGGCUCAAACGAUUGCUUCAAAAGGUUUACUCCAAAUUUACGUAGUAACUUAAGCAGUACAUUUUUUACAUUAUGGCAUUUGCCUAAGCUAUAGAAUAGUUUUGCAAGAAGGGGAGCGAAAGUAUUAGUAUUUGGGAAAAGAAAUGAUAUACGAAAACACGACAUAAGCUGGUGGGUAUUCCAAAUACUUUAGCAGGCAUCCUACGUUUUAAUUUUGAGGAGGCUUGCGAUGCAACAGUUUUAACUACAGAACAAUAGCGAUGGCAGGGUUGGCCCAUCCACGUUGUCAUCAAAUGGGACUAUGAAAAUCCCCUUUGAGCACAAUAGUUAGCGAUGGCCCUGUCCCUUGCCCGGAAGGGCAAUGUACUCCACAAAAACUCCAAAAAUUCUUUCUUAUUAUUAUGGUAGAUUUUCAUUUAUUCUUAUUUUUCUAAACGUCUACACUCUUUUUUUAUAAGAACCAGUAAAUUUAAGUUCAGACUGACUGUUCUUAAUUUUUUCGAAAAUCUGAGGCUGGAUUGUUCUUAAUUUGUUCUUAAAUUAAGAGGGUAUAAGCAGUGCUAUUGCUAGCUUUUUCGCUCUAAGGAGGUGUUCAGGCCUCAUUUGCCAACAAAGUGAGUGAGACAGUUUGUUGACAAAUUUUAAUUCACCGAAAAAGCACCCACACAUCGCUAAAAAUCCUCGAUUUUGAGAAAAAACGUUGUUCAAAAUUGCAUUUUGCAGAAGCUCAGCCUCAGCUUGUUCUGAAUUUGUUCUUAACUUUUGACCAGUUUUGAGGCUCGGGUUCUUAUAAAAUUGUUCUUAUAAAAAAGAGCGUGUACUUGAUUAUAAUUGGCAAAUUGUUGUCUGACCUAACUAAUGCAGACUAUCAAUGUGGUCUGUAUCAAAAUGUCGUCAUAAUGUAAAAGGGCCCGCGUCACAAGGUAGGUCAUGGCCUCCCCACUUUCUUAGCUAAAUAAAAGACUAAAACAAGCUUAAAGUAUUGUCAUGUAUAAACCUUU